AUGGAAGGGGCAGCAUUCAAUCCUUCUGCUGGAGUGGACUCGAUUAGGAGCUCCAUUGGAUCCUGUAGUUCAGUUCAGGAGUACAUCACGUUCAUCUCUGGCGAAAUUUCACAACGAGCAAAAGGUGACCCGGAGAAAAGGUGCGCCUCGCUAAUGACAACAACUCCAGUGCUAGGACGGCGGCCGUCGGUCGCCGGAGGCGUGGAGGAGCUGAAGCUGAGUGAGCGAGCGCGGGCGGCACAUCUUCUCAGCUGGCGGAUGAAGAUGGGAUCCGAGAUGGUGGCACGCCUGGCCCCAGGCCUUGCAGACGGACUUGAACCGCACCAGGGACUUGACAGGCAGCCGCACCAGGAUCUCCUCAACGAUGAUCUCCGACAGCCUUGGAGGACUGCUCCACGCCGGCAGCACCAGCCGCGCGCCACACUUGAGCAGCACAGUGUUUGGGUGGCUCGAUUGGAGAAGUUUGGGGAGGCGCCGAGGGAGGAAGCAAGGCUGGUGGCCGGGCAGCCGGAUGGCGAACCUUGCGGCAGGAUUAGCCUAUCACGUCGCAUGAUGUUUGACGAAAGAUAG